GAGCGUGGAGUGAGUUAGAUCAGUGGGACUGUGAGUCACGCCUGUGUUUCCCCUAGAACCCGCCCCUCUUGGCAGGCCAAGGUCAGGUGGCAGUGGGUGCUGUCCUGUGCCCCUCGGAAUUCCCAGUGUCAGUGCCUCCCUCCUUGCUGCUUUCUUGAGCUACUGCUGUGGAGGCUACAGCUACUGGCCAGCAAGCGUCUUUCCCUCCUCUCACGGGUGUGAGUUGCCCCUCGUCCUGAAGGCCAGCAGACCCUUCUUGAGGGCCUGGGGGUGGCUCCUCAGUCCUCCUCCCCCUCCCCACUGGCUGGGUGGGGGUGGGAAGGGGGCGGGUACAGCCUACUGAGGAGCCCGAUGAUUUCCUGCCCUCACCCAGCCUCACCACAGCUUCCUGCCACAGGCAGGCAGGAGGCGAGGAGAGGCAGGCUCUGAGGGGCAGGUAGGGCUGGGGCGCUGGGUCCACACAGUGGUGGUUGGUGCCCCAGAGCCCAGCACAGGCCCUGGAUUGACUGCCUUGGGAUCAAGUGUCUUCCAGAGCCAGCACUGACCCCCACUCAGUGAGAGAAGAGGAUUCACAGAGCCCCCAAGGAGGGCGCUGGUGCCUGUUGGGCCUCUGCAGCCCUGCUGGCCCAGCCUUCGCCCUGCUGCAUCUCUGCCUUUGAGGGGUGUGUGGUGAGCAGCCAGGCCUGGCCCAGGCUCUCUUGCAGAUGGAGGCGGCCAUCCUGAUCCCCUACGUGCUGGGCCUCCUACUGCUGCCUCUCUUGGCUGUGUUGCUGAUGGCUCUGUGUGUGCGUUGCCGAGAGCUGCCAAGCUCAUAUGACAGUGCUGCCUCUGAUAGUUUGACCCCAAGUAGCAUCCUGAUCAAACAGCCUCCCACUCUCGCUCCCUGGCCACCAGCUACUUCCUACCCACCUGUUACCUCCUACCCACCCCUGAGCCAGCCAGACCUGCUCCCUAUCCUGAGAUCCCCACAGCCCCCUGGGAGCUCCUACCGCAUGCCAUCUUCCCGGCAGGACUCAGAUCGUGCCAACAGUGUGGCAAGCUACGAGAACGAGGGUGCGUCAAGGACCCUGGGUACCCUGGCUGUGGGGAGCUGGGGCCUGUCCCAGGCUCUGCUUACCCCUGUGUUGUCCCCAGAGCCAGCCUGUGAGGACGAGGAUGAGGAUGAGGAAGAGGAAGACUAUCCCAACGAGGGCUACUUGGAGGUGCUUCCUGACAUUGCCCCAGCCACUGGCACUGUGGUCCCAGUAGCUCCUGUGCCCAGCAACCCUGGCCUCCGAGACAGCGCCUUCUCCAUGGAGUCGGGGGAAGAUUAUGUGAACGUUCCUGAGAGUGAGGAGAAUGCAGACGCAUCUCUGGAUGGGAGUCGGGAGUAUGUGAAUGUGUCCCAGGAGCUGCAGCCCGUGGCUCGGACCAAGCCUGCCACCCCGAGUUCCCAGGAGAUGGAGGAUGAGGAGGAACAGGAUGAAGAGGGCGCUCCUGAUUAUGAGAAUCUGCAGGAGCUUCACUGAGGCCAGAGUGAGGCCGUGUCUGUCCUUGCCUGGGAGUGCCCAGCUGGGCAUUGGGCAGUGGCUCUGGGAGGUUCCAGUAGCACCCCACCCUAGCCCAGCCUGACAACAGCCUGAGUAUUUUCCCCCUAACUUAUUGUCACUUUGGGGUCCAGUCUGUGUACCCCCAACACUCUGCAUCUUCUGACAUAGCCUGAGAAAUGAGCUACCCUGGCCUCAGCCCCACUCUGUAAUAGCGGAAAGACUAGUAUGGUCUGUAGUGCUCUUGGCUUUGAGGGUCCAGCAGGUGGGAGUCAGGGUGAGGGUGGACUGUAUUUGAGGGCCUGCAGGGGAGUGUGUGUGUCUCCAUCCUGCAUGGGGCCUCCUGCUCCCGAGGGUCCUGACCAGGUGCUGUGUCCAUGACUGUGUGAAUGGUGGCUAGGACACGUCAUCUUCUGAGUGAGACAAAUCUGACCCAGGCAGGCACUUCUAGGGCUCAGAGGCAUCUCCCCAUGAGAGAGUCCAUGAAACAGUGGCUGCGAUGAGGGAAGGGCAGUGCGUGGGGAAGCAUUGGGCACAGUGUGAACGGCUCAGCAGGACUGUUCCCUGCUGGCCUGUUUCUCCGACUUCAGAACAAGGGGUGGGGACUUAACCUCAGUGGGCUUUCUUUGCCCUUACCUUUUGUGGUUCUCAAUAAAACAACUUAAAAAUUGUCUAAGCAA